AGCAUUUUGGGUCCAAAUAUUGGUCAUCUCUACAAAUUUUCCAAAAGAAAACCCUUCAAAAUUUCUGAACUUCGGUCGUCCAUUAGAGGAGAGCGACUGUGAGAGUGAGGAAGACGAAGAAUGGGAAGCGUGAACAACAAAGGGAGACAAUUCGGAACUCACCAUAAUCCUCCAAUAUGCACUAGGUCGCAUCAGAUCGGGGCGUUGCUUCUAGUUUGCACCACCUUCUUCCUUACCCGUGCAAUCGAUCGAUUGCUCGCUCCCGCCGCCGACAACGCGUUCAAUGGAUUCCGUCAAUCCCACUAUGCCCUCCAAUCAAACGACGAUGGAUCCUUAUCGUGGCCAGACAGAGGGUACGGUUCCCAUCUCUCUCUCAAGAUUUAUGUCUACGACGAGAGCGAAAUUCAGGGGCUCAAAGCUUUGAUGUAUGGGAGGGACGGGAAGAUCACGGCUGCUGCUUGUUUGAAAGGCCAAUGGGGGACUCAGGUGAAAAUUCACAGAUUGCUUCUACAGUCGAGAUUUCGGACUAGAAAGAAAGAAGAGGCAGAUUUUUUCUUUGUGCCAGCUUAUGUUAAAUGCGUUAGGAUGCUAGGUGGUCUCAAUGACAAGGAGAUUAACGAAGCAUAUAUACAGGUUUUAGGUCAAAUGCCGUAUUUCAGAAUCUCAGGGGGUCGUGACCACAUAUUUGUUUUCCCAAGUGGUGCAGGAGCUCACUUAUUUAAAUCUUGGGCGACUUACAUAAACCGUUCCAUAAUUCUUACUCCUGAGGGGGAUCGGACAGAUAAGAAAGACUUUAGUGCUUUCAAUACAUGGAAAGAUAUCAUCAUUCCUGGCAAUGUUGAUGAUGGGAUGACUUCACAUGGAGCUAAAAUAGUCCAGCCUUUGCCUUUGUCUAAAAGGAAGUACUUGGCAAACUAUUUAGGGCGCGAUCAAGGAAAAGCUGGUCGUCUAAAGUUGAUAGAACUUGCAAAACAAUUUCCUGAAAAGUUGGAAUCUCCAGUUUUGAAGUUCAGUGGUCCUGACAAAUUGGGAAAGUUGGAGUAUUUUGAGCACCUACGCAACGCCAAGUUCUGUCUUGCUCCUCGUGGAGAGUCAUCUUGGACACUUCGUUUUUACGAGUCAUUUUUUGUGGAGUGUGUACCAGUUAUACUUUCGGAUCAGGUUGAAUUGCCUUUCCAGAAUGUAAUUGAUUACUCCCAGAUCUCAAUAAAAUGGCCAUCCAGUGAAAUAGGCCCUCAACUGUUGGAGUACCUCGAGUCAAUUCCAGAUAAGGCCAUAGACGAGAUGAUAGCACGAGGUAGACGAGUUAGGUGCCUAUGGGUUUAUUCCUCAGAUUCAGAACCGUGCUCUACGAUGCAAGGAAUUCUAUGGGAACUUCAGAGGAAAGUUAGGCAGUUUCACCAGUCAACUGAAACAUUUUGGUUGCACAAUGGAUCUUUUGUAAAUAGACAACUGGUGGAAUUCUCCAAGUGGAAGCCCCCAAUGCCCUUGCCUUGACAUAACAUAUACAUAACACUAUAUGGCAUCCAUUUUGCCUGCCUUUGUUCUUUUCGCCCAUUACUAGUCUGAAAGUUUGUAUUCCAUAUUUUAGAAUUAUAAAGUGAUGUUCAAUAACGUUCAGAGAAAGGCUUACAUUAAGGAUGAAUAGUUAAUGUAAUUUUAUAUAUAAUUUUUAUAAACAAACAUAUGCUAGUUCAAU